GGCCCAGGGCGAAGUGGAGUCCGGCUAGGCUACGCGCUCUUUUUUUUUUUUCCUUCUUUCGUUCCUUUUUUUGCGCUCUCUUUCAUCGGCGAUAAAUCCAAAGGGGGUUUAAGGGGUUUCGAUUCGAGAAAAUCUUUGGAUUUUAUCCACCUCGAUUGCGCUUAUCUACGGGUAUUCUUCGAUUCCUCGCCGUUUCCUACUCGUCGAGAAAGUGAGUGAAAGGAGGGGGGUUCAGGCUCAAAUCUGUGAGCGGAGCUCCUCUCUCGUAACAAGUUUGAGUCUGCUUUACUACUACGGGAACAAGUAGCUUUCUUUUGGGAUUGCAAGUUGUGUCUUUUAGUUUUUACUCCAGAGAACUACUACCAGAGGUUAAUCGGAAACAAGAAAGGGAACUGUGGUUAUGGGUUCUGUUUUUUGCUGUUUGCGCGCUGAUGAUUAUGAAGAAAAUGAAAAUCCCAAUACUCCUGUCUGCAGCAGCUGCUUUGCUCAGCAGAUUAUAAACGUGUACAUUGCAUUAUUUCAAAGAGAACAAGUGCGUGUUUCCCCUUCAUCUGAGCAGGGAGCAGCUUCUUUAGCCUCUCCAUCUCUCAUUGAAGGAAAUUCCAUAGUUGAUACUUACCAUCCUCCUCCAAGGCCUUUACCUUUUGACGAUCCUAGAUGUUCCCAGUUACAGCAUCGUCAUGGGCUUGUGUCAAGGGGCAAUAAAGGAUCGGCUCAUUUCCAUGAGGUUUCUCAACCAAUCAGAUGCAACAAUGAUACUGACAAAGAAUCAACAGGCACAGCAAAAUCGUGGGGUAGAUCUGACUAUGAAGGGGGACCCAAGAUAUGCUGCCCUGAGUCUUCACUGGAUCACCUGUCAACAGAAGUGGCAAGUGCAGUUCCAUAUGUUUAUUCUUCAUCUGAAGAUGAAGAUGUGUGUCCAACUUGCCUUGAAGAGUACACAUCUGAGAACCCAAGGAUCAUACUGCAGUGCACUCAUCAUUUCCACCUCAGCUGUAUAUACGAGUGGAUGGAGAGAAGUGAAGCCUGUCCUGUUUGUGGGAAGGUGAUGAUUUUCAAUGAAACGGCAUGAUCUCUUGUGGAUCUUACUUUUGUGUGAUGGCUUGGUGGUUAACUUUGUGAAGUGUAAAUUUCUUGUGAAUAUGGAGGUGAAGCCAUCAAAAAGUAUAGGUCAAAGGUUGUCUAAGUUCAUGCUAUACGUUUAUUUUCACAUUACAUUUGUUAUUGGUAUGUAUUUUUUUUUUUUUGGGAAGUUGAUUUAUUUAAGAAAAGCCUGACCUGCUGGUAGAACAGUCACAUUGGUAAGUUGACAUUUGGACUUGGGUUUUCUUUUCUUGUUCUUCCUUUUCUUUUCUUUUCUUUUUUUUUUUUUUGGUAUAAACGGGAUGGAUCAUACAUAUCUAAUAUGACCACUUCCCACGAAAUCAAGAAAAUGAAAAACGGAUCUGUAAAGAUAAAUUAGAAGAAUCCAUCCAAACUGCAAAGUAUGCUGCCGGAGUGUCUGCAAUGUUCUUUCCUUUUCUUUUCAUCAGGUAUGUAGCAGACUUGAGCAGAGGUUGCAUUAUAGAAUGAUAUCAAGUUUCCUGCUCAUUGUAGCUCUUCGUGGCAGCUCUUCAGGGAUAUUUUUGAUUUGGCAUGAUGAGCUACAGUUCCAGUCUCUUUCUCU